AAGAAAACAUGUUUUCUGAACCUGCUCCAGUCUGAAAAGUCUCUGUCUCUCCAGUUUAAUAAUCUGAGCAGAACCUUCAACAUUUAACAGAACUGGUUAAAAUAUUAAAGCUUAGCAACAGGUUUUGGUGUAGAUCCCUCAGAUCUUCUUUUCUGUUUCCAGAACUGAAAUAACAUUUGAAAGGAGCUACAUUUCAGUCUUAAGACCGGACGAAGAAACAGGUCGUGACCUGGUCUGAAAGACAGAAGAAUUCUCUGAAGGAGACAGAGACAUUAACAUUAGACUCCGAUGAGGAAUACAAAAAAUGAAUAGAAAAAAUAUAUCAUAGAACUUUAUUACAGUCAUACAGUAUCUCCACAUUUAAAAAAGCCUGUGCCCUGCCUAUAAAAACCUGCUUCCAGAAAUGUCCUAAAGUGGAUUUGUUCGGAGAACAAGACACGUUCAAAUUUAGCCGCGUUGGAUUUAUCUCUGUUUUUCCCUUUAAAGUAUUUUUAUGUGACAAUCACUGGCACAUUGUUUCGACCAUGUGCGAUUUCCGACGUCACAACUAUCUCCUCCUUCCCCAUCCUCCCUCCCUCCCUCUGUCUCCCCGCCCAUCACUUUAUUGGCAGCGGAGGCGCACGGCGCACACGGCGUGGAUUUGGAGAUGCCUUGGCUGCUGGGAUUACGCACGACGACACGGACACAGCUUCUGUCAGGACAGGAGACUUCAGAGGAGAACUGGACUCAGAUCUAACUGCAGAUCCUGGACAGCGGUCCGCUGAGACUCUGAGACUCUGAGACUCUCAGACUCUCAGGUUCGUUUUCUCACAUCAUCAUCAGUAAAAACAGCAGCGCGUCUGGAUGACUUGUCUGCUUUCACUUGCCCGCGGGUCACGGUGACUACAGAGGAACAGAACCAUGUAAACAGCUGGCGCAGAGGAGAGGAGAGGAACUCUUCAACUGUUUUCUUCAGUGAUCGCGGAUAAAAAGAGAGAGAGAAUGAUUCCACCGGCCAACACCAUCCAGGACGAAAGUGGGGCUAAAGAGGAAGAAAGGGAGCAGGAUGAGACUCCAAAAUCCCCGACGGCGAAUGCCAGCCAGCCUGAAACCAAGAAUACUGUGAGGCCUGAACGUCACAAGCGCAAGUUUGCUUCAACUGCUUCUUUCUCUGUUCAGCUGCAGAGACUCAAACGAUCCUUGUCCUUCAAGACCAAGAGCAUUCGCAGCAAGAGCGCCGACAACUUCUUCCGUAACAGCAGCGACAACAAGACCGAGCUGCUGUCGGACGUGAGCAGCAGCACGGGUCAUCUCUGCAACAUCGGGAUGGCCCCGCCCCACACCACCGGCCUCCCCAUCCCAUCCGCUCCUCCCGCCAUUCCCUCUGCGCCCCCGCCCACGUCUCGACCCCAGUCGCGCAACCCCCUGCAGGUGGACUCGGCGGGACACUGCUUCAUGGAGCACAUCUUUAAGAAGCCGACCUUCUGUGACGUCUGCAACCACAUGAUCGUAGGUACCACAGCCAAACAUGUGGUGUUCCUGGCGGGAAACACAGCGAAGCACGGCCUGCGCUGCAAAGCCUGCAAGAUGAGCCUGCACCACAAGUGUGAGAACGGCGUGGGACAGCAGCGCUGCAUGGGCAAACUGCCGAAAGGCUUUCGCCGGUACUACAGCUCCCCACUACUGAUCCAAGAACAGUACGGCUGCAUCAAAGAAGUCAUGCCGAUAGCCUGUGGUAAUAAGGUGGACCCGGUGUACGAGGCUCUCAGAUUUGGAACAUCGCUGGCGCAGAAGGCAAAAAGGGCGAGUGGCUCAGAUUCUCCACACAGAAACUCAACCAGUGACCUGGAUAAGGUUCCAGAAGAAGUGGUGGCUCACAGCAGCAGACAGGAGCUGACCAGAAAACACAGUGAUGACGUUUUCACAGUCAUCGAAAACGGCACAGAGCUUUACCACCACGAGCCUGAGGGGAAAUCUGAUGAAUACACGGUGGAGCAGGAUCAGCUGCAGAAAGACGUCCUGGAGCUCAACACCUAUGUGGCCUUGUUCAGCUUCACCGCUCAGGAGAACCACGACCUGGAGAUGAGAGCAGGAGACAGAAUCAUUUUGGCCGAUGACUCAAAUGACGACUGGUGGAAGGGUAUAAUUGAGGACAGGAUUGGAUUUUUCCCAGCAGCCUUUGCUCAUCAGGUGGGGGCCAGAGAUCGAGUGUUCAGAUGUAACCGGACAUUCAUCGGCUGCAAGGAACAGGGACAGAUCACGUUAAAAGAGGGACAGAUCUGCGUGAGCAGCGAGAGCGAGCGCAGCGGCUUCAUCAGAGUAGCCAGUGGAAAGAAGAGAGGCUUCGUUCCCUGUGACGUCCUGGACAUCAUCUGAGAGAAGAGACUCAGGAAAUGAACAAGGAGACGAGGUGGAAGACAGUGGACAGCACGGAGGUGUGUGUGUGAGUGUGUGAGAGAGAGGGGGAGGAAUGGUGGGGGGUGGGGGGGUCUUCAAUCUCCAGUGAGAGAUGCAGUGAGUGUUCAUGUGAUGCUGGUUGUGUUUACUGAUGGAGUUGUUUCUUUCUACUUUCUCUUACUCAGUCAACCAGACACACAGAGACUGGACUUGAUUGGAUUUGAAGAACCAUCUUGUUUGGUUCCUAGCUUUUCAUUACCGGAAAUUAAAAAAAAAAAAAAAAAUAAUAUUGAAAAUCCAUGAUCAGAAUUCACUUAAAUUUAUCUUAAAUUUUUGUCAUCUUUUUGGUCACAUUGAAGGAGAUACAGAGAAUAAUGGGAGCAGGAACAUGUACUAGGAAGGAUCCUACACAGGUUUCUUGUCAGUGUGUUACUACUUUAAAUGCUACCACUCUCUUGUCAUGUGCAUUUCUGGCAAGGUUAUGUAUCUACAUAGAUAUAGUAUAUCUCUAGGUUGUUCUGCACUAAAACAUGGCUGUGGUGAAUGUCCAAGAAUGCCAUUUUGUACAUAAUGUACGUACGACAUUAAAAUUCUGCCUUUAUCUAUACCUGAACCCACGUGGUGGUUAUUUUUGUGU